GAGCUGCGGCUGGUAGCCACGCGUGGAUGCGGCUUGUGGGAGAUUGUGCUGGCGAGGGGCAGGUUAGAUAUCCUGAUGUGCAACUUGCUGUCUUAUUGGAGCGUGGUGGAGCUUGUAUGGCCACAUCUUGCCUGAGGUCUUCUCAGACUCUAUGUCAUGAGGUUGUCUUGCUAAGCAAGACUGUUACUUGAUGCCUGUUAAUAGAAGAGUAUCAGAUCACUUGUGACAGCACUUCAUGGGGGACUGCUUGGCUACUACAGAUGUUCCUCUCCCCAACACAUCAUGGUAGAUGUUACAGAGGAGGAGAUGGAUAAACCCACAUUUAAAAGUGACACUGUACUUUCUGAUGUUCACUUAUACUGUCCGAACAAAAGACACCUCAUGGUACGACUGAAUGCAGUUGGACAGCCAGUAUUCCUGUCAUAUUUCAAACUCCUUUGGAACACAGAAGAUUUGGCGUCUGAGAAACAUGUGAGAGAAGCUAUAACAGAAAGAGAACAUCAGUACGCAUGUGGAGAUGAACAGUGUGACGAGGACAGGAAUAAUCAAAAAAAAGAAAGAGAAUUAAAUAGUGAAGGAUUACAAGCUCUGCUGGAUGACGACGGAGACUUGGAAGUGGUCAGAAGACCUCGAAGUGCCUCUGAUUUAGAAGCAGAGGGUCUUUUGAGGGAUAGAGUGUAUCCUGUAAUUCUGAUGAAAGGGAAAGAAGAUGCUUUUGAAGAUGAAGAGCAAGAAUGCACUUGCAGUGAUGUUGUUAAAAUAGAACAUACUAUGGCAACCCCCUUAGAAGAUGUUGGUAAACAAGUCUGGCGUGCAGCCUUUCUUCUAGCUGAUUACAUCCUGUUUAAACGGGACACAUUCAGAUGUUGUUUGGUGCUAGAGCUUGGAGGUGGCACUGGAAUUACAAGCAUUAUCAUGGGAACAGUUGCCAAGAGAGUUUAUUGCACGGAUGUGGGUGAAGAUCUUCUGGCCAUGUGUGAGCAAAAUGUUGCAUUAAACAAACACCUGCUGAAGCUGGGAAGAGGGGAAGUUAAAGUAAAAGAACUGGACUGGCUGAAAGAUGAAUUCUGCACUGAUCCUGAAGUUCCUUAUAGCUGGUCGGAAGAAGAGAUUGCUGAUUUGCAUGACCACUGUACUGUGAUAAUGGCAGCUGAUGUGUUCUAUGAUGAUGACCUGACAGAUGCCUUGUUCAGAACACUGUACAGAAUCACACACAACUUGAGAAAAUCUUGCACAAUUUACCUGGCACUAGAAAAGAGGCUCAACUUCACUUUAAGACAUAUGGAUGUUACAUGUGAAGCCUACAGUCAUUUUAGAAAUACUCUAAAUGAUUUGGAGAACCUCCAAGAUAGAAAAAUGAAAUAUACUGUGGAGCCCAUUAAGCUUGAUUUCUGCCAGUUUCUCAUUUAUGAACGAAUUGAGCAGUUGGAAUUGUGGAAGAUCAUUGCUGAACAGCUAACGUGACAGGGACAUGAGGAAAUAGAAGAUCUUUAUCUACAGAUAAAGGCUUUUUGGGUGUUUUAUUAAAAAAGGAUUUUCAUCCCAAGAAAAGCAUUUUCCUGGGGGAACUGUGUUCUCAGAAAGUAUUGCUGUGCAGAUUUGCUUUUCUUCAGUAAGUUUUGGUUUUGGCGCUUGAUGUUUCUUUUUUUUUUUUGAUGUUUCUUUUGCAAAACUGCUUGAUGUUGUUCUUCAGAGUAUGUGCUGGAUGCCAAACAGCAGUGACACAGAGACUUGCUCUUUGUGAUUGAUGACUUAGGUUUUAGAGUCUGACAAAGAGGUAUUUAACCUUUUCCAUGUGGUUGAUUUGCAGAUGUCAUGCAUUUUUCCUUUUUAGUUUUCUGAACGUGGACACUGUUCUUGGUCUCAUCCCAGUUCCACAUUAUUUGUAUUUAUGGACAUUUGUAAAACAGUGUUCUGGGCAAGACCUGUUUGUCUUUCAAGGACUUUUCUUUAAGCAAUCUGUUCAUGAAACAUAGUCCUUUAUUUUCAGUUUUUCCUAUCUAAAUCAUUCUAGUUUAGGGCUACUUUCUGAACUGAAAGGAGACAAGAUGCAUUUUGUUUGACCUCUAAAAAUACUCAACAGAGGUCUUGGAGCUAUAUUGUCCUGCUGGAAUUUUAAGCUAUUCUGUCUCUUGAGGGUGGGAAGGUACCAUGUGAAGUGAUAUGCGACCACUCUUGAAAUAUUUGGAAUUCUACCCUCAAUGUAUACGUGUGAGGCUGGGGAGAAGGAGGUGACCAAGAAUAUCUUGCCCAUACAGAUGGGCUUGUGGAUUAAAGUACAACGUAUUGGUCAAAUCUCUCCUGUGUUAUUCAUGAAACCAAAAAUCUGUACUUUUUAUAAAUAUUAUGUUUGUCACUUGCCAUAUGUACACUGUCUUGGAGAAUCUUCUGCCUGCUGGAUUCUUCAGCAUUAUGAGAGUAUCAGUGGUGAAGCUGUUCUGGCCUGUGACUCGUGGGGCUGUGUAUAUUUUAUAUUAGAAGCAUCUGGUUGACUUCUUGAAAGUCUGUUUUGGUUAAGUUCAGUUGGUUUAGGUCAGUUAUUUUAUAACCUGCUUACGUGUAUGAAAACUUGUUUUCAUGUUCUUUAAUUCAUCUUUAAUGAGAUGAAAGGUCAUGAGAUGAUGAUGGCCUUUUCCUGUGAGUAUAGUCAAAGUAAAAAUUACAUUAUGUUAGCAUAUAUCUGCCUAGCUUAAUACAGAACUUCUCUCUUUGAGCCCUCAUUUGAAUUUCAAAGAUAUAAAACUGUUGGACCAGAUGAUCCUUGAGGUCCCUUCCAACCUGGUAUUCUAUGAUUCUGUGAAACUGUAUUUUAGUCCAAAGAUUCCCAAACUAGUGUUCGUUUGUUUGUUUCUUUUGUAAUGUUAUUAACAAUAGAUUAACUGCAAACAAUUGGUUUUGAAUGUAGCUGCUUAUUUAAGUAAUAAUUUUCUGAAGCUUGUAGCAAGAAAUUAAUUUAAAUUGAUGUGUAAUAGCAUGUAGAUUUUUACAUCUGCACAGGACUUCUGAAAGUCUUUGGAAUUAUCAGCGGAAACUCAUCUGGGUCGAGGGAUAUUGUAGAUCUUUAAACAUGGCAUUAAAAGCUAUUUUACCACAGCUGGCUUAAAUUAACAUCUGGAAAAGGUUUUUAUACUUGAAUCUUUGGUUGAGUAAACAAAAAUACCAUGGCUGCUUGGGAAGCAAGCUGAAGUGGAAUUUCCUCCUAAAGAAACAAAAGUUAAUCUUUCUGUUGAAGAGAAACAACAGCUUUGAGGGUUCAGUGACUGAGAUCUAAAAGCCAAAUUGCAAAUUUGGAUAUGACCUUUUUCACUGAUGAUAUGAAUAGUCAAAAAUAGGCAACAAUUCCAAGAACACAGAGUCUCACAAUGCCUUAGCUUUGUGGUGUUAAUGAGAUAAUAUAGUCUGUCUUGCCGGAUAAUUGUCCACUGCUAGUUAGGGAUAUUAAGUAUGGAUACCACCUUCUCCAUUUUGACUUCAGUCAUACUUUAAGUAUGUCAUACAUGGUAGCUGUUUUCAGAACUCAUCAUGCAAAUUAACACCUUUAGCAGUUCACUGUUUAUUAAGAAGAUUAAAAUUGUUUAUUUUGAGCAUACAGAUUAUGAUUCGAAAUCAAGUUAGUGCCUAAAAUGAUAAUGUCUUGAGCACGUUAUCUGUAUUUAUGCUAUCAAGAAGGAUUUUUUUCCUAAUAAAGCAUGAUUUGAAAGA